GAGAGAGAAACAAACGACUUCCUCUGUCCGCUUCUGGUCGUCGUUGUGUCCCUCUCCGGUAAUCCCAAAAGAGGGUGAAAGGUGUUCGCCUCCUCGCCGUUCCUCCUCUUUUCUUCCUCCGAUUUCUCCCUUCCGACAUCCCUGUCCUGGAUUCCUCUUGGUUGCUUUUUCUGCUUCUUCUUCUUCUUCUCUCGGGAGAAAACCCUCUCGAUCGAGGUAAGUCUCGUCUAAAUCAGUGGUCUCUCGACCCAGAUCAGUUGGUUUUUGUGAGUCGUGGAAUUCUCUGCUCACUUCUCCUUUAAAUGCUCGCUGCUUUUCUGUGAUUUUGUUUCCAUCUUCCUUGUGGAGUUUCUCCUUGGAGUUUGGUCAAGAUAUAGUGAAUUCGAGAGGUAAUCAACUUAGUUCAGAUCGGUUAUUCUCGAAAGGAAUGGAGAAAUAGUGUUUGAUUCUUGUGAAUUUUAUCUCUCUUCGGUACUAUAUGUUUGGAUUGCGAGAUUUUGGAUAUGAAAUAAGGUGAAAACCGUCCUCUUAUAAGGACUGGUUUCAUUUUAGGUUCUUGGAAUUUGCAUUGAAGCUUGAAUGCUGAGGUUCGUGUAAAAAUUGGGGCUUGGCUCAUCGGAGGGUUUUUGUUGGAUUGGAGAUGUUGGAAGGACCUAGAUUUCCUGGAAUCAUGGGUAGCGGUGUAGGGAUCGACAACGGGAACAGCUUCUAUUAUAUGGCGUACUACCGGAAGCUCGGGGAGGGCUCCAACAUGUCGAUUGAUAGCAUCAACAGCAUCCAGACUAGCGUCGAUGGCGGGUCCAUUGCCAUGUCAAGGGACGCCAGUAGCGUUGGGUCGAGUGACUCACGUACUGGCAUCCUCAACCACCCUGGGCUCCGCCAGAUUGCGAUCCCGAAUUACUCGGUCGACCACAGUGUCCUGCGACCUGGCAGGGUUAACCCUGGGCUGGCUGCUGAUGCAUUGGUACAUGCCCUGAUGGAUAUGGGACACCCUACGGAGACUCUACAAGGUUACGAGGAGUGGACCAUCGAUCUUAACAAGCUCAAUAUGGGUCUCCCCUUUGCUCAAGGGGCCUUCGGGAAGCUCUACAAGGGUACCUACAAUGGAGAAGAUGUCGCUAUUAAACUGCUUGAGAGACCCGAGAAUGACCCAGAGAGAACACAGUUGAUGGAGCAGCAGUUUGUGCAGGAGGUUAUGAUGUUAGCUACUCUGAAGCACCCAAAUAUUGUGAGGUUGAUUGGAGCAUGUAGGAAGCCUGUUGUGUGGUGCAUUGUUACUGAGUAUGCUAAGGGUGGUUCCGUGAGGCAGUUCUUGAUGAAGAGGCAGAAUAGGUCAGUACCACUAAGACUGGCAGUAAGACAGGCUCUUGACAUUGCAAGAGGGAUGGCCUAUGUGCAUGGGCUAGGUUUUAUACACAGGGAUCUAAAAUCAGAUAAUCUUCUGAUAUUCACAGACAAAUCAAUAAAGAUUGCUGAUUUUGGAGUGGCUCGUAUCGAGGUGAAAACUGAAGGGAUGACGCCCGAGACAGGAACAUACCGUUGGAUGGCUCCGGAGAUGAUCCAACAUAGACCCUACGAUCAGAAAGUUGAUGUUUAUAGCUUUGGCAUCGUAUUGUGGGAGCUUAUAACCGGCAUGCUUCCCUUCCAGAACAUGACAGCCGUGCAGGCUGCAUUUGCUGUUGUAAAUAAGGGUGUUCGGCCGACCAUACCACACGAUUGCCCUCUGGCCCUUGGCGAGAUAAUGACUCGCUGCUGGGACGCGAACCCUGAUGUGCGUCCUCCCUUCCCCGAGGUGGUCAGGAUGCUGGAGAUUGCAGAGAUGGAGAUCAUAUGCACUGUCCGCAAAGCUCGUUUUAGAUGUUGCAUAUCUGAACCAAUGGCCACGGAUUGAAACUGGAAGAAAAAAAGGGCAACCCAUUGUACAAUUCAUGAUGUUACGGGACUGGUUGUUGAAGUAGAAAAAAAUUGUUCUGUAUUUGAAUUUUAUUUGUCUUACCUUUGAAGAAAAGGCUACCAUUUUGGUAAAUCUAUUUUUUCCUUUUGCCGUCAGCUGUGUUGUGUAAGUUCCAUAGCUUCCAUGUGAAACAAAGAGUCUCUUUUCAAGAGCCAGUCUUGUAUUUUGUUUAUAUAGCUAAAAAUUUGUCA